AAAAAUUCCCUUAAUCAGAAGUUAACAUCUCUAUGCGCUAAUACUCGUGAUUCCAAUAUUUCCGACUGUACCUGAAAGUGGCACAGACCCCCGUUCAUCACGUAGACAACAGUACCAUCCUGUGCGGAAUAGAUAGAUGCCCUUACUGUUCCAGUCACAGGUCUGCAAUAGCCCUAACGUGUUUAUUAUGUAUCCCGGCUGGGAGAGAGGCGGCAGCAUGCAGCGGAAUGCAGUGGUCGUGGUGGCGGAUAAAACGAGCCUUAAAAGGCCGUUUAUUUUUACAAAUGCUGUGCAUAUGGCUCUGUGCUUCUUCAUGUUGAUGAUGACAAUAGCUUGGCAUAGAGACCUCAUACAAACUGGCAAAAUGGUGUCCACUGUUUCCAUAGUGUUAAUGUACAUCAUUGAGAUCAGCUGUCUGCUGCUGUCAGUACUUGGUAUAUUUGGAGCGUGUAAAGGAAAGAGAUGGUGUUUGAUUCUGUAUGCAGCUGGGAUGGCUGCAGCAAGUCAAACAAUAUUUGUUAGAACGGCACUAAAUUACCAAGAUGUUUAUGAGAAACGUGUGGUCCGUGAGGAGUCGAAGUUGUUGUCUAUGAUGCCUCUCAGUGCAACAAGCAAAGCCAACAGGACCUUCUUGUAUAGUAUUCAAGAAGAAUUUGAGUGCUGUGGUCUUAUUGAAGGCUACAAAGACUGGGGCUCUUCUAUCCCUCCCUCCUGCAACUGUCAAUAUCCAGGAAAAUGUAUUCGAUUACGGGGCAGCGCCAUACUUGGUGCUCCAAAGAACCACUAUGUUUAUCAAGAGCCCUGCCUACCAAUUUAUGUUUCUGAACUGAAGCUUGCAUUCUCAUUGACGAUGGGUAUACAAUUUGGAAGUGGAGUGUUUUGGGUGGUUUUACUUGUUAUGAGCAUCAAGCUGAUGGGCCAGAUAAAAAGAAAACAGGAGUUCAUGACUCUUCUCCAAUCAAACAGAUAUGUCCCUGGUGCCUUCUAGUCACCUAGUACAUUUUAAUAUACACUUCAAAUUAUUAUCAAGCGUACCUUGUUCGAAUUUGCACAUGCAAGCACACAGCGCUGUAUACCAUAACCUGGCUAUAUUUUGUGCUAUAGCAACCUUAUGAUUUUUUAAGUGUUAAUGCAUGUAACUGAUGCUGAAAAGUAAUGUACCUGCAUAGAUCAAUUUCAGAUUUUUUUUUUGGCCUUACUGCUGUAAACGCAAUGUAAUUUAAUGAGAAAUUCAUCUUUAAUAAUCAUAAAAAUUUCACAUGCUUUGGUCCUAUCUCUAAGGUUAUGUUAUAAUUUAAUAUCUUAUUAAGCAUUAAUAAUUGCCUUCACACCUGGACACAUCAGUAUCAGUGAGUCCGUGUAAAGACAGCUGUUAAUCCAGCUGCAUCUAGUGUA